UCUCAAAGAAACCUCUACCAACACAGCCAUGGCUUCUUUCCUUCCUUCAUGGAGCUUUAGCUUCCUCUUCACAUCAUGGAUGCUGGUAGCCCUAAGCAGAACGGUGGUUGCAAAGGUCGUUUACCGACCUAGCCCGUGGCACCUUGCCCAUGCUACUUUUUACGGUGACGAGACUGCCUCCGAUACCAUGGGUGGAGCUUGUGGGUAUGGAAACUUGUUCGUUAAUGGGUAUGGCACAGACACAGCAGCAUUGAGCUCGACACUAUUCAACAAUGGAUAUGCUUGUGGAACUUGUUACCAGAUAAAAUGUUAUGGGGCUAGUGCAUGCUUUAGAAAUGUUCAAUUCACCACGGUGACCGCUACCAACCUUUGUCCACCAAACUGGUCCCAAGACUCCAACGCCGGAGGCUGGUGCAACCCGCCUCGGACCCAUUUUGAUAUGUCCAAGCCCGCUUUCAUGAAAAUUGCUCAGUGGAAGGCUGGCAUUGUCCCAGUCAUGUACCGCAGAGUACCAUGCAUAAGGGCCGGGGGGCUUCGAUUCUCUUUCCAGGGAAAUGGGUACUGGUUGUUGGUGUAUGUGAUGAAUGUAGCAGGAGGGGGUGACAUUGCAAACAUGUGGGUGAAGGGAAGCAGAUCAGGGUGGAUCCAAAUGAGCCAUAACUGGGGAGCUUCAUACCAGGCCUUUGCAACCUUGGGAGGCCAAGCUCUCUCUUUCAGGAUCACUUCCUACACAUCCAAGGAGACUAUAAUAGCAUGGAAUGUUGCUCCUUCAAACUGGAAUGUGGGUUUGACUUACAAUGCAAAUGUGAACUUCCAUUGAUGCCCAACAAGCAGAUCAUGAGAGAUAUUUAUGCCAUCUAUGACUCUUUUUUGUUUUCUUAAUUUCUUACUUUUUAUG